UUCAUUUAUAUAUAUUUCAUAAUUAAAUUCAGUUCCCUAACAAUAAUAAUGUCUGAUAAUACAAAAUCUCCUUCGUUCUCUUCAGGCACUGUGAAAGAUAUAUUUCUAUGGAGGAGAAAGAAAUUAAGCGUUAUGGUGGUUUCAGUGGCGACAGUAAUAUGGGUUUUGCUUGAUGUUUAUGAGUUCAAUUUUAUUACAAUUGCUUCAUGGCUGGCCAUCUUUCUUGUCUCUUCACUCUUCAUUUAUGCCAACUUGGUUAGGCUUUUCCGCAAAGAAGAGCCAAAUGUGUCAAAUUGGGAAGUUUCAGAGGAGACUGCCAUAGAAAUUUCAAGGUCGGUUAGAGAAAUGAUUGAAGAAGGAAUUCGAUGGAUGUUCUUCGUUAGUGCAGAGAAAGAUUGGUUCACUUUCGUUCGUGCAGUUGCUGUGUUGUGGUUGCUCUCUUAUGUUGGGAGCUCCUGUGAUUUCUUAACACUACUUUACAUAGGUACAAUAGGGGGGAUGACUGGUCCGGUGAUGUAUGUGAAGAAUGAAGAUCGGAUAAAGCGGUGCGAAGAAUGGAUGAGGAUGAAGACGAGAAGAGUUUACGAAAUGGUGGACGAAAGAGUAUUUAAGCAAGUUAAGAACAAGUUGUCUCAUGGUAAAGAGAAGGAUAAGAAGGUAGAAUAGAUUUUAUAUACCUGCAGUAUCACAAUGGUCUUUUUGCUGUAAAAUGAAAAAUUAAUGGAUCUUUGUACAAUAUGAUGUUUUCUUGGUUUCUGUUGGUAUAUUAUUAGUAUUAUUAUUGCAGCGUAUAGCCAUAAAUUAUCAACAAUAACGCUAUGUACAUUUUCUGUAUGUACCACUUGAUGUGGCAUGGAUUAGAUUGUGUUUUUGAGAUAUAAACUUGUGAAUGAAACAUGAAAAUUUAUG